GUGUUUGAGAGAGAGGCGUGUGUGAGAGAGGAGAGGUAUGGGAGAGAGGAGAGGUGUGGGAGAGAGAGAGGUGUGUGUGUGAUAGAGAGGGAUGUGGGAGAGAGAGAGGUGUGUGUGAUAGAGAGGGGUGUGUGUCUGAGGGAGAAGUGUGUAUGAGAGAGGUGUGUGUCAGACAGAGGGGUGAGAGAGAGCGAGGGGUAUGUGUGUGAGAGAGAUGUGCGUCUGAAGGAGCUGUGUGUGAGACACAGGGCCGUGUGGGAGAGGUGGGUGUGCGAGAGAGAGAGAGAGUUGUACGUGAUAGAGGUGCUUGUGAGAGAGAGGUGUGUAUGUCACAGUGAGUAUAUGUGUAUGAAUGUGUGACAGCGAGUGUCUGUGGGGGGGGCUCGGGGUGAAUGUGUGUGUGGGGGGAGAUAAUCUGUGUGUGGGAGCAGCAGCAGGAACACUUAGACUUCCCCCCGACCUCUCUCGCUCCCUCUUUCAUCUCCUCCACAGGGAAGGAUCCCCAGGGGGAGCCGCCGGACCUCAGCCCCCCGGACGCCCACCUGUACCGGGUGUGCGCCUUCCACCUCGCCAGCCUUCACCGAGAGCUGGGAGAGUUCCGAGAGACCCUCGCCUCCCUGCCUCUGGAUCAGGCUCUCUUCUACAGCCAGGGAGGGCAGGACCUGCAGAAACCGGUGGGUCCCGGGACGAGCACGGAAUCCCCCCGGUUCCUGGUGGAGGAGGUGAGUCUGAGGGACCCUUCCCUCGGCGAGAGCCUCCACGACCUCCUGCGCCGCCUCGAACACACCGAGGACCUGCUCCAGGGCCUGGUGUCGGAUUGCCAUGAGAAAGCGGGACCCCCACCGGAACCCGGCCCGAGUUCUGAACCGCCCGGCGCCCGAUCCAGGCGCCGGCUCCUCGGCGUGCUGCACCGGAUGGCCGAACUGGGCUACGGCGGGCUGAUCAGGGCGGCCCGUGUGGAACUGGGACACCCCCGGGACGAGGCCGGGGCCGUGCGGCUGGCUCCCGCCGACUGCCGGGCGCUGGUGCAGGCGCUGGGCGACGGGACGACCCAGCGGCUGGAGCUGACCCAUUGCGGGGCGGGCCCGGGGGCGCUGGAGGAGAUGGUGGGGCGGCUGAUUCUGUGUACGUCACUCAGGUUAUCGUGGAACAACCUCGGGAAUGGAGGGAUGAAUCCCAUAGCCGCCUGUCUCCAGCAUCCCGACUGCCGUAUCGAGGAGCUGUGGUUGGACAACAACGACGUCGGCGAGGCAGGGUGCCGGAUUUUAGCCAAGGCGCUGGCCAGGAACAGCACCCUGCAGCGGCUCAGCUUGUCCCAGAACCCGAUCGGAGACACCGGGCUGAGAGCGCUCUGCGGAGGCCUCUCGUCGGGGGCACCUUCCCUGCAGCUGCUGCGCCUCUCGAGCUGCACGAUCGGACAGGGUCAGUGCGGACUCCUCGCCCGGACUGUCGCCUCCAGCCUCUCCUUCGUCUCGCUUAACCUCGACAAUAACCGCCUCGGAGACGAGGGCGUCCGCUCCCUCCUCGGCGCCCUCAGGCAGCCGGCCUGCAGACUCCGCACCCUCCGGCUCUGCAGCAACGGACUAACGCCGUGGGGCGCCCUGGAGCUGUCCCGCUCCCUCCGCGGGCUCCCCUUCCUCCGCCGCCUCACUCUCAGCUACAACCGGCUGGGGUCCCUGGGGGCCAAGCGCCUCUGCACGGCCCUCCGAGGAAGCACGUCCCGUCUGCAGAGGCUGGAGCUGGAGGGGGCCGGCCUGGCUGACGACUGCUCCCAAGACCUGGCGGACUCUCUGGGCUCGAACACCGCGCUCGCCGUCCUCUGCCUCAGCCGCAACGCCUUCACCGACCGCUCGCUGGAGUCCUUCCUCUGGCUCACCCAAACCACCCCCUGCCUCCAGACCCUCUGGCUCUGCAGGAACAAGUUGAGCGCCGAGGGAGUGCGGAGACUCCAGUCGGGAGCGCCGGAUGGGGUGACCGUGUUCGUCUGAACAGGUUGGGAGAGUGGCCCGCACCACCUCCCGUGUAAUGACUCCUUCCGGCCUGUGCGGGGCGCCCGAGAACGUUGGGCUCCGAGGUGUGUUUUUUUAAAAGCAUCUGAAUUGGUUUGUUGUUUAUCGUUUAGAGCUCAGUGCGUUUUUUUCCCUCGAGCGACUCUCUCUUUGUAAUGCGGUCUAGCUUGUGGAGUUUACUUUGAUGGGCUCGGCGAUUCCGCGUUACUUGUGCUAUUCAUUAGCGCUAAUCGCGGGGCUCUAGCUUUGAGUAGGUCACCUCUCGCGUUGUCGCUCGGCCGAGCUACCGCUGUUACUUUGGAAUUAUUAUGAAUAAAUUCUCGUCGCCGUCCUCUCCAUCAGAGUCUGCCGCUCCUCUGCAUUUGGAUUCCGGUAUUCCCCGUCAGUGUGCUGCCUCGGGGUCGGAGGUCAGGUGUACUAUCCCUGACGGGUGUCGUGAGUGGUGUUGUUUUGCGGCAGCGGCACAGUGUACGACAUGUCAAUUCAGAGCUCAAAAGCUCAAAAUAAAUU